AUACUUAAACUAAAAAAAAAACCCAUCCCUUAUUGAAUUUGUCAAAUGACAAAUAAAAAUAUGUCACAUUAAAAAUUGACAAAAAUUUGCGCGCGUAAAUUUUUUAGUUUUCUUAGUGUUUCUGUUAAGCGGAGAACAACUUUUCUUAAGACUGGAUCUACUGGAAGUGAAACUUUGUUAAAAAAAUUAAAUAUGGGAAAAUAUUCAGAAAAGACACUACAAUGCGCACUUCAAGAAAUUAAAAAUGGGAUGAGUGUGAGAUCAGCAUCGAAAAAAUUUAAUAUUCCGAGGACCACAUUGCAAGAUAAAAAAUUUAAGAGACACCAACAACAAGUAGGAGCUCCUUCAUUUUUAACUGCAGCAGAGGAACAAACUUUAGUAAAAUGGAUUCUGGAUUUAGCUAGUAGAGGGUUUCCAGUAACUAAAUCUCAAUUACUACAAAGUGUUUCCAAAUUAGCUGAAAACAUAAAUAGGCCUAAUAAAUUUAAAAACGGUAUGCCUGGAAAAUUUUGGUAUAAAGGAUUUUUGAAUCGAAAUCCGAAUAUUUCUGAAAGAGUUUCACAAACUCUUACUACAGGAAGAGCCAACGUAACAGCGGAAUCUUUAAAAAAGUGGUUUCAAAGUGUUUCAAAUUAUUUUGAAAAUUUUUCGGAAUUAAAACAAGUUUUAUCUAACCCGGAAAGGAUUUUUAACUGUGACGAAACAGCAUUUUUUUUAUGUCCAAAAGGUAACAAAGUACUUGCCCAGAAAGGAUCAACUCAUACCUAUAUUCGUUCGGCAAACGACGAAAAAGAAUGCUUAACAGUUUUAAUAGGGGCAUCGGCAGUUGGAAAACUUAUGCCUACCCUUGUACUUUUUCAAUACAAAAGAAUUCCUGCGAAUAUUGUAAGAAAAAUGCCAACAUCAUGGGGUAUAGGUAGUUCAGAUUCAGGAUGGAUGACUUGCCAAACAUUUUAUGAAUACAUUACAAACUGCUUUUAUCCAUAUUUAUUAGAAAAAAAAAUUGAAUUACCAAUAAUUUUAUUUUUAGAUGGCCACUCAUCACAUAUUUCGUUGCAUCUGACCAAUUUUUGUAGAGAAAAAGGUAUAAUAUUAAAACAAAAGAGCAAUUUGAUUACAACACAAAAUAAGGAAUAUAAUGUAAAUCAGAUCAUACCUGAAGAAUGGACAGGAUGCAAAAAAGACGAGAGCCUAUUUUAUAUAUGGCAGUCUACUCAAAAUAAAAUACAAUCAAAUAACUGUGUUGUAUCCGAUAAUACAACUCAAUAUAAUCAAACUUUAAUUAAAAAUAUAUUUGACGAUUCAGUCUGGGAAGAGUGCAAUAAUAUAAUGGAAUUAGUAAUUCACCCUGAUGAAGAACCCGCAUCACCUACAGCACUUAUGGAAUCAUCUGUCUUAGAGAGUAAAAAUAACGUCCAUGAAAAUUCAAGUGAAAAAAAUAUAAAAAUCGAUCAGAUAACAACUCUUAUAGAAAACGAUGUAACACAAGUUCCUGAACCUCAAUUUAUUAAUGAUGACACUAAUGGGACUACAUAUUCAACGCCUUUUAAAAAAGCUUUAUUUUGGCCUGAAAUCGAAAAGAGUGGACACAAAAAAGCAGUCAAGCGGAAGCUAACACCGAAAACAAAGAUUAAUGAGGGAAAUAUAAAAACAGCUUCACUUGAAAUAAAUGUAAGUGAUUACGUGAUUGUAUUGUACGAAGAGGAAAAGUAUCCAGGGAUAAUUUUGAGUAUUGAAAAUGAUCAAAAUUUUAAAGUAAAAACAAUGACCAUGAGUGGUACAAAUUGGCGUUGGCCUGAAAAAGAUGAUAUCCUUGUGUAUCAAAAAAAAGAUAUUAUUAAAAAAUUAAAUCAUCCGCUAUUAUUAAACAGCCGAGGUGUUUAUUCUUUUAAUGAUUUUCAUUAA